AUGCCUAGCCCUCUUCUUCAACACAUGCAACGAUUUGUUGAGUUCAUCAACUCAGCUGACGAGACCAUUGGACGGGCAGUGGUCUCUGAAUCAGCAAGAUUCCACGUUCCAUUCCAAGAAGCCCCCUUGGAAGGAUUUGCUGGGUAUAUGCAGAUCCUCGGGAUGAUGCGUUCUGCCUUCUCCGAUGUUCAGUGGAGUCUCGAUGACACCGUUAUCGAAGGGGACAGAGUAGUUGCGAGCUUUACUCUGCGUGGAACUCAUGAUGGCGAAUUCUUUGGUGUUCCCGCCACUGGAAAGAAAAUUCAGGCUCGUGCUAUGAACAUCUAUCGAUUUGUAGAUGGAAAGAUUUUGGAUGAGACAGGGCUGCCUGAUAUUUUUGCGAUCAUGAUGCAAAUUGGUGCUUUGAAGCCCCCGGGAGCUCAAUAG